AUGGACCCGCCGAGGAAGAAACCGCCAAGACGAAAGGAUGACCGAGUCAUCCUGCAAUUCGAUUACGACUGCUUCUAUGCCCAAGUCUUCGAGAACAAAACCCCAGCUCUCAAGAAAUUACCCGUGGGGGUCAAGCAGAAGAACUGUUUGGCGACAUGUAACUACAAUGCCCGCGCCUUGGGCCUCAAGAAGCUCAUGUCCGUCUCCGAGGCCAAGCGAGCCUGUCCCGAGCUUGUCCUGGUCGACGGCGAGGACCUCACGCCUUUUCGGGAUACGAGCAAAAUUCUCUUCAACUUCUUCAAAUCGCACUCGUGGAACCACAAGGUUGAGCGUCUUGGGUUUGAUGAGGUCUUCAUGGACGUGACCGACAUUGUCGAGUACAACAUGUUUUGCCUUAACCGGGCAUCCCUGGCCGACUCCUUCUUUUGCCUUUCAAAAGAAGACCCAGAACGUGGGUUUAAUUGCGAUCUGACUAGCAUCGCGGGCUGUGUCGAGGGCACAGCCUCCCAUGACUUGGAUGUUGAAAGUCCCGCUUACCUGCGCCUCCUGCUCGGCUCCCACUUGGCUCAAUACCUUCGGCUGAAAAUAGAAGAGCAAUUCGGGUACACGUCAACUUGUGGUAUCUCGACGAACAAAGUGUUGAGUAAGCUGGUAGGGGGCAAAAACAAGCCACGCAAUCAGACCACGCUGGUGGCCUUGACUGACGACGAUGUUGUUGCUUUCAUGGAUAGCCAUCCCCUCCGCAAGAUUCCUGGUGUAGGGUUCAAAACCGCACAUGUACUGGGGUCUCACGUCAGUUCCCAAGAUAACGAAGCCACCGAUGCGGGAACGGAUGAACCUACCGUGACGGCGCAUCAGGUCCGUCGUCACCCUGGUAUCUCGCCUGGUACUAUAGAAAGCCUUCUAGUCGGCCCUGGAGCCGAGAGAGGAGUAGGAUCAAGGAUCUGGGGGCUGUUGCAUGGAGUGGACCCAAGCGAGAUCAAAGAGGCGAGCGGUGUACCAACCCAAAUUAGCAUUGAGGAUACUUACCCCAAGGGUCUAGGAACUCUGGCGCUGAUGUUGGAGGAGCUACACAAACUGUCAUAUUCUCUUGUCAGAAGGAUGAGGGUGGAUCUUCUGGUGCCCGACAAGAAUGCCGAGGCCCCCGGGACCCAGAGGUGGAUGGCACGACCAAGGACGCUUCGCCUCACUAUAAGGUCAUGGGGGCCUCUCAAUCCAGCACAAGGCCACAAUUCUGGGAGGAUUUCGCGUUCAGGGACACUCCCUGGUUUUAUAUUUGACCUCAAAGAUGAUAUGGACCACAUUGCGGAACGGCUCGUAUCGGAGGCCCUGCUCCCUCUCCUGCGGCGACUCCAGCCUGAAAAGGGACAACGGUGGAAUUUGCAAUUGAUCAACAUAUGCGUCGCCAAUAUGGUUGCUGGAGCUGCAGAUGACAAGACAGGAGUAGGUAGAGACAUCGCCGCCAUGCUCAAGCGACAGGAUGAGGUAUUGCGGCCGUUCCAGGUCAUUUCCGAUCCAGAAGGCGAGUUGCAGGAGGAGCUCGAAGACUCAUAUGUGGAGGGAGACGAUGCCGAUGAUAUGUCUUGGGAGAUGAGUGAAAAUGGUCCUUGCCCCCAAUGCGGGCAUUCGAUACCCCCAUUUGCCGUGUUAGCCCAUAGUAGAUACCACGAACUCGGAGAGUGA